AUGAGGCCAUUAGUGCGCCUUCAGGCUUUCAGAAUAGCUGCGUAUUUGGAUGAUGGUUUAGGGGUAUACCCUACAUUCGCCGAGUGUUGCUCCCAGUCCAUGGCCGUAAAAUCGGAUUUGUUCUGUGCAAAUUUUGUAGUGAAUACCCAGAAAAGCAUCUGGGCUCCAGUUCAGUCUCUUCGUUGGUUGGGCUAUCGCUUGGAUUUUUAAGGAUAACUUGCUGA